GAAAGAUUUCAAAAGAAAGUUCAAGAGAAAAGCUUUAGAACACUUUUCUUUCUUCUCUUUAUUUGUUGGUAGGCAAGAAAAGAAUCCAUUUCUUGGAGGGAAGUUUAACUCUUGUAGAUUCUCAGCACUGUUUAAAUUAUAAGCCUUUUUUUUGUUUCUUCAAGAUUUUACUUGUUAUUUUCUUGAAAUCAUUAAUUUGCAUAAGAAUAUAGAGUCUAGCUUUAUUUACAAAAUGGGAGUUUCAGGGACCUUAGAGUACCUGUCUGAUUUGAUGAGCAGUGGAUAUAAACACAAGAGGAGGAAGCAGUUACAAACUGUAAAUCUCAAGGUCAGAAUGGACUGUGAUGGCUGUGAACUUAAAGUCAAAAAAGCCAUGUCUUCAUUAAGUGGGGUUAAGUCUGUGGAGAUAGACAGGAAACAACAGAAGGUGACAGUAACAGGAUAUGUAGAACAGAGCAAAGUGUUGAAGAAGGCAAAGUCAACAGGGAAAAAGGCAGAGAUAUGGCCAUAUGUACCCUACAAUCUUGUGGCACAACCCUAUGCAAUUCAAGCGUAUGACAAGAAGGCACCCCCAGGUUUUGUCAGAAAAGUAGACAACCCAACAACUGGAAAUGGAACACUCACCAGAUUUGAGGAUCCCUACAUCACAAUGUUCAGUGAUGAUAAUCCAAAUGCCUGCUCCAUCAUGUAAUAAUGUACAGAAAACCAUAUGUACGGAACUCCUACAGAACAUACCCAUGUGGUUGGUCCCAUGCAGGACCCAUGGAUAAUAAAAAAUUACAAAAGAAUGCCAACUUUCCCCCCUUAGAGUGUAGU